AUGAAUAAGAUAAAUGUAGAUAUAGACUGCACCAGGAGGUGUAGAUCCAGAAGUCAUGGUCAAGCUCUUACUAGUGCCAUAACCAAGAGAUCUGUUAAUGAUGAGUCAUUAGCAAGCUAUAUAAAAGCAACAUGUGCAAAUUUCACUAAGGCUUUUGAUUAUGAGGGACGCACAGCGCUGCAUAUGACAGCAUCUCGAGGCAGAAGCAGGCUGAUGGAAUGGCUGGUACGACACUCAAUGGAAGCAUUUAUUAAUGCACGUGAUCGUGAAUCAGGAUAUACGCCAUUACAUCGAUGCGUUUUUUAUGGGCAGAUACAUUCAGCAGUGGCUUUGAUGAAAUUAGGUGUAAACACUGAUAUAGUUGAUAAGGACGAUUAUAAAGCCUUAGAGCAUGCUAUGCUUGACCGCCAUUAUAUGUACAAACACAUAGGAGACCAGCCAAGUGAUGUUUAUGUGUGGGGAACAAAUUCAAAUUACACUUUAGGGACAGGUACACAGCAGCAACGUAAUGCUCCCGAUUUGCUGACAUGUUUCAGCCGCACGAAUAACUCUGUAAAACAGGUGUGUCUGGGUAAGUUUCACAGCGUGUGGGUAUGUGAGGCAGGUGGUGGGGAAGUAUGGUGUGGAGGGCAGACCGCUCGUGCCGGAGGUCCACAUUCUACGGCGCUUCGCCCCACUCCAUUGCGAUUACCGGAACCGUGUAUAGCGGCUGCUAUAACUCUCACUUCUACUAUCUUUCUUCUCCAAAGUGGUACGGUAGUGCAGUAUGGUCUAAACAAUUCAGACAACGUCAGUUCGUGCAAUGCAAAGACACCGGCUGUUAUCAAAUUGGCUACAACCAAACCAUUACUAAAAUUAGCCGAUCCACUUGGGGUUUGUGCGGGACGUUUACACGCAGUUGCUUGGAACCCGCGCGCUGUUUACACUUGGGGUACAAACUUAGGCCAACUUGGACAUCCGCAGGAGGAUAAAGUGGUGCCAACACCGAAGCGAGUUGCCGUAUCUAUCAAUACUAGGGAGCAAGCAGAAAUCCAGUUGGUGGCAGCUUCGGAUGCUGCCACAGUAUUUACUACAAGCCGCGGCGAUGUCUAUCUAUUACAUAAGCACCUUUGCAAGAAAAUUGCAAUCAAGCAAAUUAACCUACGUCAAGUGUGCGUUGAGGGUAAAGUAAGCGAGCAAGGUGCAUAUUCACGGGUCACUGUCUUAUUACUUACUAAUGUGGGACAACUGCACAUUUGGCAGGAUACUACCAACCGACUUACUAGAUGUGUAUUCGGUCUCAACCACCAAACCCUCAUAUCUCAUGUCGCCUUAACUCAUGAUGCAAUGUACUUCAUUACUAAAUACGGAGAAGCGUUCGUUGGUAGUAUAUCGCGAAAGACAACACCAACAGCACCCCAGCAACCCGUGAAGAGAGAAAAAGAAAAGGACAGCAAUAAGUCUGCACUUGUUAAGUUCUUAGAGAAAGACGAUUGCACGUCUGUGAGGAUUGUUAAGAUACCGAAUAUUCACCGAGCUGUCUCUAUUUCUGUUGAUACUGAGGGUUUGAACUUCGCUUGCUUGCAAAUAAAACCUACAUGUGGUCUUACAUCUAUUCCGGAGCUUUCACCCUCAAGCUUGCCGAAACACAUGGAAUCUUUGUUAGAAACUGCUACUCAAGAUGAUAUAUUACAUGAUGUUAUAUUCAAGGUGGGCACAAAGCUAUUUCCAGCGCAUAUAUUCAUAGUGGCGUCAAGCAGCGAACAUCUUUACAAGUUGUACCAAGAAUCACGCACAAACCCUGACGAGAAACCAAUUGUUACAUUAGAAAAUGUUCACCCCGAAGUAUUUGACAGGAUUUUGAGAUUUAUGUAUGUAGGCACAUGUGAUGUUGCUGAAUUAGGCCCUUGUGGGCUUAAAAUAAGGAGAGAAGAUCUAAAUACCACUGUGAAGAAAGAGACGGAUAACAUUGACGUCGAUGUUGAUGUUAUUGAAAAUCCAAUGGAAGUAACUGCCUUCGAAGUGUACAAACAACAGAACGAGAAGAGCAAACGUCGAAACCGCCGCAGUACAGAGUCCACGCCCACACGCACCCAUUUGCACUGCGACCCGGUGAAGCUCGUGCAAGCCACGGCUAAAAGACUGCAAGUUAUGAGUUUACAUAAACUACUUGAUAAAUACUAUUACAGGGACGGUACAAUUUAUUUAAAAGACAGCGCCACUUACACUAAGAACGCUCCGCCAUGCUGGGAUCGCGAGUCGUUCCCGGAACUGGUCGACACUAACGUGUGUUCUAAAGACGGCACACUCAUACCAGCCCACAAAUGUAUCCUGGCGGCAAGACUUGAAUAUUUCCAUGGAAUGUUCAUGCAUUCCUGGACGGAGAGUAAACUAAUGUCGACAGUUACACUACCAAUAAACUAUGGAAUACUCCUACCAAUUAUCAACUUUCUCUACACGGACUUAUGUCCAGAAGUUCAAAAUUCAGACAAUAUCGAUUUUAUUUGUAGCUUGCUUAUUGUCGCUGACCAAUUGUUCAUAAUUCGACUGAGAGAAAUGUGCGAAGUCACGUUGGCAAGCCUAAUAACAUUGAAAAAUUGCGCUGAGCUUUGUCAAUUCGCUCACACAUAUAACGCGUUACAACUCAAACAAUGUUGUAUGGAAUUCAUUUCACUUAACAUCUGCAACAUACUCGAAAAUCGAUCACUCGAUCUAUUAGAGGAAGCUGUCUUGGAGGAUAUAACAAAAUACUAUUGCAAAUUCAAUCCAAUUAUGUCGUCUCGUAUCAUUACGCCUUACUUUAACUCGCCAAAUGAUGAUGUAAUUGAAGAAUGUGCGAAAACUUGCCCUGUAGAUCUAAAUAUAAUUGAUGAAGAUUUAAAGAAGGACGAUAGUCUAAUAGAAAGUACUAAAAAGAAAAAUAAACAUACUAAAAAAAUUGAGUAUACAGACAGCGAAAAGGCAAGGAUGAGAUAUGAAUCCGUAAGCUCAGUUACAUCACUGGACUUAUCUAACGAAACCUCUGGAGAUGUUACACUGUCUCUAAGUUCUAUAGGAAAGGAAGCUGAGAAAAAGCACGAGAAAAAAGACAGAUGGAUAGAAGUACCAUCUGCACAACAAAAGCAACAAAAAGUCAUACAAGCAAGGCUCAAAGCCAUAACAACUGCUAAAGACAUUUUAAACGAAAACCCCACGGAAUCAUUUGUUAAACUAAGUAAAAGCAAUUCGUUCAGUGCAACGAGUUCACCAAUAAGAGACUAUAAUGUGCCUAGUAUUUCCCGUGUGUCAGAGUCCCCUAAAGAGUCAACACUUGCUGAAUCAAGAUGGAGCCCGCAGUGCAAUGUAGUUGUAAGUCAUAUUGGGCCUAAGCUUUCACAAAAGCAACGGAAGAAGUUGGCCAUGCAAGGCAACGAUUUGCCUGGACCGCAAAAUCUAGAUAUUUACUUGACUAAUAAAUUGAACAUAGGCAGCCCGCCAGACAAACCUAAGAAUCCCUGGAAAAUUUGUGAAGUGCCUGUCGCUAAUAGUAGUCCUAAAGCUAAAGCUGUUGAAUUCAAUCAAAUAUUAGCUGAUCAAAGGAAGCAGAAAGAUGACUUUUCUAGGAUAAUGACAAAGCCCCUUGCACUAACACAGCUUGAAGAUAAAGCUAUAGAGGAAUUGGAAAGAUUUUACAAUGUCCAUGAAGUUGAUGAUGAAUUGAUAACAGUCCGACGCAUAGAGCUUCAAGUGUCCUCACCGCAAUGGAUUCACACUGCCGCAAAGUGA